GUUUUGGAGUAGGGAAAAUCAAGAUGUUUCUCUUGAAGUUACAAAUAUGUCUUUCAUUUUUGAGAAAAUAGCUCAUAAUAGACCUAGAAUUAUCAGUAUUGAUAUCUUAUUAACACAUAUUUUAGUCUUUAAAUCAAACUUGUGACAUUAGAAUAGUGGUUUGGUUGUUUAUAGUUACAAAAUAUUAUGGCGUUAAACAAAUUUGACAUCGGCAAGGACAUCAUAUGGUUGGAAAUGGAUAAUUUACAAUCAAGAACUAUAAUGGAACCGAAAUUUCCCGAGGGYUACAGCUUGUAUACGUGGCAGGAUGGUUGUGAAGAUGUGUGGUUUAAUAUUGUUAAGCAUUCUUUUGGGGAAAGUUUUUUGGAAGGCAGGAACAUAGAAACAUUUCAAGAUAGUUAUUUUAGCAAAUCACAAUUCAAAAAAGAUGGUUUCUUUCUUGUUAAACACAAAGACACAUACAUAGCCACGGCUUUUGCAUGGCAAGAUAAAGAAAUAUCAACAGUUGGUAGACUUCACUGGCUUGCAGUUUUACCACAACAUAGAGGUAAAGGCAUUGCAAAGGCUUUGUGUCUCUGUGUUAUCAAGUUUUUCCAGGAACAAGGGAAGACAAGUAUGGUAAUUAAAACAGAAAUUUAUCGUGAAAAGGCAAUAAAACUUUAUGAAAGACUUGGGUUUACAAAAGUUACAGUUUAGUUGUAAAAGGAAGUACUGUUUAGAAAAAUUCCUAUGCAACUUGGCAUUGUAGAUACAACUAUAACCAUGUUUGCAGCAAAGUCAAUGACAAACGAGCAAUUUACUACAUAUUUCUCUCAGCAGUUCUGUUAUUUCUCACGUUUUUUUAUAAUACUAGCUUAUUAAAUGCUAGUUUAAAUCUUUUAUGUACUAAACUAUUUGUAAUACAGACUUUGUAAAUGCAAGUAGCAUCAAUGUUCUUUUCAUUUUAUACUAAUUAUCAAACAAAUCAAGCAAAUUAUAAAACAAAUUAUAUUAAAAAAAUUAUAUCAAACAAAUUAUAUUAUUAAACAAAUUAUAUUAAAACAAAUUAUAUUAUUUUGUCAGUCAAUAUAUGGCUAUAACUAUAAUGAUUAAUUUUAUAUAUAAAAAGCAUAUGAAUAAGCACUCUAUAGCUUUACUAUUUUGUUAUAACAUUUUGCCUGCAAUGUUAGGGUCAGUGGCAUAAUAGAGGUUUACAAUAGAAAAAUAAAGAUUCCAAGAAUUGCCAAGACCUUAGCAUUCAUUGAUACUCUUGUAGUAGAGGUGUUUUCUGGGAAUUUUAUUUUGUUAGGCUUUGUUGCAGUCUCGAUAAUUGCUGAUGUUUCUGUGAAUUAAGCAAAGUUUUGUUUUAGUAAAAAUUAUUAUUUUCUGUUUUGCUUAUUUUUUUCCUUCGUAAUUUUCCUUAUGGAAUAACAUUAUCUUUACUAAAAAUAAAUGAAUCCUCUGCGUUUACUAGUGAUAUUUUUAAUAUCGAGCUUUUCGGCCUCAGCGGCCAUUAUCAAGGUAGAGUACACGUAAGAUUUUAACCAAAGCAAAAAACGGAAAGUGUGCGAGGAAACACAGCAAUACAGCGCGAGCUAAUUACAAUAGAUAAAAUGUAAAAUGAAAUGGAAUGAAAUGAAAUGGAGUGAAAAGAAAAGAAAUGAUAGACUAUGACAGUGAAGCAAUUAGAUAUAUAUGUAACAAAAAACCUAAAUGAACUUAAAUAAUGGUUUGAAGCUCGGUAUUAAAAAUAUCACUAGUAAACACAGAGGAUUCAUAUAUUUUUAGUAAUUAUGCCUGCGUACAAAGAAAUUCUAAACAUUAUCUUUAGUCAUUAAAUAUAAAGAAUAUUGCCAAAUUUUUGAUGGACAAGAAUCAUGACAAAAUGAACGGCAGCAAAGGAGACGAGUCAAGUAUGUCAAAGCUUUGAGUCAUGUUAACUGACUUUAUUUUCAUUUGCUGAUAUUUCUCUACACUGUGACUCUGUUAGAUAGUGUAAAAAAGUCAUAGUCAUUAGGAAAGCUUGUAAUUCAGUGGAAUAAGAAGAUUCAGUGUAGGGUAUGCUAUAAUACCUUUUCUGGUAGCUGAAGUACUAAUGAUGGCCUUGUCUUCAGUGAAAAUAGUUUCUGCAUUCACAGUAAUAUAAUAUAUAUACUUUGA